CUGCUAACAUCCUCUGCAUGCGCUUAAUUAGAAGGGGGUAUUAAAGUAGAACAGUAAUGCUCCCAGAUUUGAAUCUGCCGUCUGCUGUGUAGCCCACGGAAGGCAACGACAUGGGAAGCACCGGGAGGAUGCUCAACAUGUGGAACAGGAGACAGAGCCUCUUCCCCAACUACAAAGUCACUGGGCCUAGUGCCGAACAUAGAAGACCCUCAGAAGACAGCGCCCUUCCAUUCACCAAGGACAGCUGUAUAAAAGAAUGGAAUUCCAUGCAGGAACUGAGCAGGGACAUUUAUGACAUCUACUCUGAGUAUGAGGAUGACGAAGAUGAGAGGCCUUCGGCUCUUCUUUCAAGGCUGGCUUCACCCACCAAGAAUUACAAUCUCAACAUCAAUGUUGGGGGGAAGUCCUAUCAGAUAGCUUACCGGUUGGCGGCCAGGUACCCCAAAACUAGGAUAGGGCGGCUUGCCACCUAUACAGACCACAACAAGAAACUGGACCUAUGUGACGAUUACCAAGUCAAGAAAAAUGAGUACUUCUUCGACAGGGACCCAGAGGUUUUCAACAACAUCUUCACCUUCUACAGAACUGGGGUGCUGUGGAUAAAAGACGAGCUGUGUCCCAGAAACUUUCUGGAGGAGAUCAACUACUGGGGUGUGAGGAUCAAAAACACCCACCGCUGCUGCCGGAUCUCCUUUGAGGAGCGGCAGGACGAAAUAAACGAGCAGCUGAACAUCCAGAGAGAGCUGGAGGCCGAGGUGGAGAUCGAGGAGAACGAGGAGCUGUUUCAGGACAUGUUCAUGGGCUAUAACCGAAGAGUGAUCUGGAACCUGAUGGAGAAACCUUUCUCCUCCGUCCCUGCCAAGCUCAUGGCCUUGGUCUCCAGCCUGUUCGUCCUGGUAUCCCUGGUGGCCAUGACACUCAACACAGUAGAGGAUAUGCAGUACAAGACUCCCUCUGGCCAACUGAGCGGAAAGACUUACUGUGAAUUUGUGGAGUCUCUGUGCAUUGCCUUUUUCACCAUGGAGUAUCUGCUCAGGCUGGUGUCCACACCUGACCUCCAGACCUUCGCCAGGAGCAUGCUCAACACGGUGGACCUGAUCGCUAUUCUACCUCAGUACCUGCAGCUGGCUUUGGAGUGCUUUGAGAACAAUGACUACGUGAAGCACGAACACGACAUGAGGACAGUUGGACAGGUGGGGAAGCUGGGCCAGGUGCUGCGGAUCAUGCGGCUGAUGCGUAUAUUUCGUAUCUUGAAGCUGGCGCGCCACUCCACCGGACUGAGGGCAUUUGGCUUCACACUCCGCCAGUGCUACCAGCAGGUGGGCUGCCUCUUCCUCUUCAUCGCCAUGGGAAUCUUCGCCUUCUCUGCCAUGGUCUACACUGUGGAGCACGACGUUCCCCAAACCAACUUCACAAGCAUCCCCCAUGCAUGGUGGUGGGCUGCGGUAAGUAUAUUAGUUUAUAAUAGGCCAUUAGGAGUUUUAAAAAAGGCUGUCUAAUUUUCAUUCUCUGUAGCUUUAUAUUCAGCUAUGUUUCUGGUGAUCUUCCAGCGAUGAUGCAGUGAGGCUCAGGUCUGGCUUCAGGUCUGUAGUGUGUCCGGUCUAUGGCUUGCUCAGUAGUCACCUCAUAAUACUACCUACUGCAGUGUGUACUAAUGGCGGUCAGUGGUGUCCACUAACUGAAUGAUAAGCUUAAACACUGAUCUAAGUAACGGUAACCUUUUCACAUUAACUGCAUGGCCUGAUAUUACUUAAAUGGGUGGUUUAUACAGUGGGGGAAAAAAGUAUUUAGUCAGCCACCAAUUGUGCAAGUUCUCCCACUUAAAAAGAUGAGAGGCCUGUAAUUUUCAUCAUAGGUACACGUCAACUAUGACAGACAAAAUGAGAAAAAAAAUCCAGAAAAUCACAUUGUAGGAUUUUUAAUGAAUUUAUUUGCAAAUCAUGGUGGAAAAUAAGUAUUUGGUCAAUAACAAAAGUUUCUCAAUACUUUGUUAUAUACCCUUUGUUGGCAAUGACACAGGUCAAACGUUUUCUGUAAGUCUUCACAAGGUUUUCACACACUGUUGCUGGUAUUUUGGCCCAUUCCUCCAUGCAGAUCUCCUCUAGAGCAGUGAUGUUUUGGGGCUGUCGCUGGGCAACACAGACUUUCAACUCCCUCCAAAGAUUUUCUAUGGGGUUGAGAUCUGGAGACUGGCUAGGCCACUCCAGGACCUUGAAAUGCUUCUUACGAAGCCACUCCUUCGUUGCCCGGGCGGUGUGUUAGGGAUCAUUGUCAUGCUGAAAGACCCAGCCACGUUUCAUCUUCAAUGCCCUUGCUGAUGGAAGGAGGUUUUCACUUAAAAUCUCACGAUACAUGGCCCCAUUCAUUCUUUCCUUUACACGGAUCAGUCGUCCUGGUCCCUUUGCAGAAAAACAGCCCCAAAGCAUGAUGUUUCCACCCCCAUGCUUCACAGUAGGUAUGGUGUUCUUUGGAUGCAACUCAGCAUUCUUUGUCCUCCAAACACGAAGAGUUUAGUUUUUACCAAAAAGUUAUAUUUUGGUUUCAUCUGACCAUAUGACAUUCUCCCAAUCCUCUUCUGGAUCAUCCAAAUGCACUCUAGCAAACUUCAGACGGGCCUGGACAUGUACUGGCUUAAGCAGGGGUACACGUCUGGCACUGCAGGAUUUGAGACCCUGGCGGCGUAGUGUGGUUCUGGGAUUUUUGCUCACCGUUCUUGUGAUCAUUUUGACCCCACGGGGUGAGGUCUUGCGUGGAGCCCCAGAUCGAGGGAGAUUAUCAGUGGUCUUGUAUGUCUUCCAUUUCCUAAUAAUUGCUCCCACAGUUGAUUUCUUCAAACCAAGCUGCUUACCUAUUGCAGAUUCAGUCUUCCCAGCCUGGUGCAGGUCUACAAUUUUGUUUCUGGUGUCCUUUGACAGCUCUUUGGUCUUGGCCAUAGUGGAGUUUGGAGUGUGACUGUUUGAGGUUGUGGACAGGUGUCUUUUAUACUGAUAACAAGUUCAAACAGGUGCCAUUAAUACAGGUAACGAGUGGAGGACAGAGGAGCCUCUUAAAGAAGAAGUUACAGGUCUGUGAGAGACAGAAAUCUUGCUUGUUUGUAGGUGACCAAAUACUUAUUUUCCACCAUAAUUUGAAAAUAAAUUCAUUAAAAAUCCUACAAUGUGAUUUUCUGGAUUUUAUUUCCUCAAUUUGUCUGUCAUAGUUGACGUGUACCUAUGAGGAAAAUUACAGGCCUCUCUCAUAUUUUUAAGUGGGAGAACUUGCACAAUUGGUGGCUGACUAAAUACUUUUUUCCCCCACUGUAUGGUUCCUGGAUGGUGUCUUAAUACUAUAAUACUAUUACAGGGUGGACUUCAGGUCAGCGCACCUCCAUUAGAAUAUGUGUAUCUGUCCAUGUCUGUGGUUGUUCACAUGAAGCAUGCCUUAUGUGCUUAAUUAUGAUCAACACUCUGGACAUAAAGUCAGGACACCUUUAGGCCCCGUAUAUCUCUGUCUGAAAUGGUAUGAUAGGAAUUUCUUAAGUUGUGACUGAAGUGGGACAGAUAACACUUUUACAUUUCACUGUGAAAGGGGUUCAAGUUCCAUAACUCUUGUAAUUUCUGCCAUCCAGGUGAGCAUUUCCACCGUGGGCUAUGGAGACAUGUAUCCAGAGACUAUCCUGGGGCGUCUCUUUGCUUUCUUCUGUAUUUCCUUUGGAAUCAUACUGAACGGCUUGCCCAUCUCCAUCCUCUUCAACAAGUUCUCAGACUACUAUGCCAAACUCAAAUCCCACGAGUACACCGCAAACAUGAAGAACCGGGGGAAAGUUAGGUUUGCCAAAAGGACAGCAAUGAAGAUCUCACUUUGUUGUGGAGUUGGACACACUACAUGAUGCUACAGCUAACUGUUUAGGACUUCGUAGGACACAAUAUCUGCCUGAUAUUCCUUACAUUGGCAACAUAUAUUGUAUUGAAUUAAUGUAAUGUUAACUUUGAAACCGCUGAAAACCCAUGCACCCUCUUGUCUUACCCGUCAGAUAUGCUUCUCCAGGGGUGGAAAUGGGAAGGAGCCUGGGGGAAGGAGCCCGGGGGAAGGGGUUUCCGGGAGUGAAACCAUUUUGCAAUGUAAAAAUGUGCAGUUUUACAUUGAAUUCAUAGAUUUUACAUUGGAGGGUUCCAGGAGAGAUUUUCUUUCUCCAUUUCUACCCCUGCGCUUCACCCAUAUUACCCAAUGAGAGUGCUUCUCCCCCAAAGGGUAACAAUACCAUAUAGACAGAGCAUUGUCAUAAAGAGCUCCACAGGUAUCGAGCAACUUGCCCUGUCAGGUCAAGUUCAUUUUAUUGCUCCUUUUGUUUUGUUUUUGUUUUUUUGUUGUUGUUUUUUUUUGGGGGGGGGGUUGCAUUUAAUGAUUGAAACACUUUCUAUUUUGCUUAAUGUCCUUUAUGUCACAUGCUGCUUUUUUAUUAUAUAUAUAUAUAUAUAUUUUAACACUUGAAUAACAUGGAGCUUUUAUGAGAUUUGAUUUUGCAAUCCUAUCAUGUACGUAUGUUCAAUAAAGAGAAAUAAUGCUACAUGAUUUUUGUAUGUGCCAUUAAAUUACUGUUGCAAAGAUAAACAUGAUCACUCACUAAUAAAGCAAUUUUGUGUACAUUUUAGGGUAGCCUAUGAAAUAGGCCCUGCCAUGCCUUGAACUCUUUAACCUGUUAAUCAAAUCAAAUCAAAUCAAGAUUUAUUUAUACAGCACAUUUUAGAC